AAACCCAACUCCAUCAUCCACAUUCCUCUCACCAUUUUCCAGUUUAAUCUUCUGUUUCCAGGAAAGAAACACUUCCAUAUUUGAAUCUCUACACUAAAUAGUUGGUGAUCAUGGCUUCAAAUAGAUCUUAUUACAUAGUGCUCUUAGUUAUAGCGGUUGCUAUUAUGCUGGCCAACCUCUGCAGCGGUUCUGGGGUUGGCCACAUACCGUCGACGGAGGAGGAAGGCCGAGACUUUGAGGAUUUUAAUGACAAGACGGGGAAGGCGAAGGUGGUGGAGGUAGAGGAGAAAGGUGGUAAAGAAGGUUCAGAGUCAUGGAGUGAAUGGGCCAAGGAGAAAAUUGGGUUGAAGCACGAUGAGCGUGACGGGGAUAGUACCAUUAAGAAAGCUUCUGAUGCUACGUAUGAUGCUGCCAAGAAGACCAAGGACACCGCAUCUGGAACUGGUCAAUACGCAACGGAAAAGGCUAGAGAGGCGGCAGAGAAUGCGAACGAGAUGAAAGAUACGGCUGCAGAGAAAGCUGGUAAGACAGUUGGUACAGUGAAGGAGAAGGCAGGUGAGACGAUUGGGUAUGCAAAAGACAAGGCUUAUGAUAUCACAAAUGCAGCGAUAGAUAAAACCUAUGAAACUGCGAAUGCAGCAAAGGAGAUGGCCUAUGAUGCUGCAAAGGCGGCAAAGGACAAGACUUUCCAGACUACAAGUUCAGCUAAAGAAAAGGCCGCCAAGGCUGCCAAGAAGACUAAUGAGGCAGAGGAAAAAGGGAAGAAAGAGGCAGAGGAGUUGAAGGAGAAGGCCUAUGAAACCACUUCUCAAACCAAAAAUGCAGCAAAAGAUAAGGCCUCAAAGGCUGCAGAGAAGGCCAGUGAGGCAACGGAAGAGGUAAAGGGAAAGGCUUAUGAGACCGCAAAUACAGCUAAAGACACCAUUUCUGAAGCUACCGGGCAGCAGUCAGAGAAGAUCAAAAAGACAAUGUCUGGUCGAGGACGCGAUGAAGAGCUCUGAUAUGGUCACAUUAUAGCUACUUCACACUUUUGUUUGGAGUCCGAUUCCUUAUUUUACAAGUUGUGGUUUGAUGUAUAGCACCGUAGUAAAUUUGUGUUUUUAUGUACUGCUUUUUAUGUUUGUAUGAUCACAAUGUACUUGAAUUCGAAACAACUUUUUCAGUCAGUGAGACUAUAUCAUUACAACAGUUA